AUGAUUGCGUGCUAGGCUACCGAUGUAACAGUUUACGGUAGAAAGCGUUCUUGACUAUUUCCGGCUCCUGCAGCGAUUGACGGUGACACGUAACAAGCAAUAAUGAACGAUGAAUUGCUUUUCAGAAUGCGGUAUAUCCAAUCAGGAGGACCGAAUCGUCGGUGGGAGACCAACAACCCCAAACAAAUACCCGUGGGUGGCGAGACUCGUGUACGAGGGUCGCUUUCAUUGCGGAGCCAGCCUCGUUAACAAUGAUUACGUUCUUACCGCUGCUCACUGUGUACGUAGAUUAAAACGGUCGAAGAUCCGCGUGAUACUUGGUGAUUACGACCAACAUGUGAAUACCGACGGAAAAGCUAUAAUGAGAGCAGUGAGCGCUAUAAUUCGUCACAGGAACUUCGACAUGAAUUCGUACAAUCACGACGUUGCCUUAUUGAAACUUCGGAAAUCUGUGAAAUUUUCUAAAACUGUCAAACCAGUAUGUUUACCUCAAAAAGGUAGCGAUCCAGCUGGUAAAGAAGGCACCGUGGUAGGCUGGGGGCGAACAUCUGAAGGAGGUGCGCUUGCUGGACAAGUCCAUGAAGUACAAGUGCCGAUAUUAAGUUUAAUACAGUGCCGUAAAAUGAAAUAUCGCGCUAAUCGAAUCACGGAAAACAUGAUCUGUGCUGGUCGAGGCAGUCAAGAUUCUUGUCAAGGAGAUAGUGGCGGACCUUUACUUGUGCACGAAGGCGACAGGCUUGAAAUAGUUGGAAUAGUGUCCUGGGGUGUUGGUUGCGGAAGACCAGGAUAUCCUGGAGUAUACACCAGGGUAACUAGGUACCUGAAUUGGAUCAAUACGAAUAUGAAAGAAGGAUGUAUAUGUACAAAUUAAAAAUGAUCGAACGACCAUCAACAACCAUAAUUGUACAAAGAAUUUGUGAGACUAUCAUAGGAAGCAAUAAUAUUUUAUAGUUCUAUGUAAUUAUUUAUUAAUUUUCAAGCGUGUCUGUUGAGAAUCGUUAUAUUUUUUUACUAGUAUGAUUUUACUAAUUGAUUAGGUAUAAAAUAGAAAAUUACUUUAAAAUGUAUAUAGUUAUAAGACUGCCACGUCUUUUGAAUCAUAUUCGAUGUAAUCGUGAUUCUUAUCUUUAAAAAACAUUUUCUAAUAUAAAAGAAUCGUUGUUCGUGUUCUAUUCGUAG